AAGUCCAACAGCAGCUGUGAAGAAUGCCUGCAGAACGUCGCAUGUCUGUGGUGCAUUCCCACCAAACAGUGUGUGGAUUACCCGGUGAAGAACAUCCUGCCCCCCAGCAGCAUCUGUCCUCUCAGUGAUGCACGAUGGGGGGUUUGCUGGGUCAAUUUUCAGAUACUGAUCAUCACAAUGUCAGUUCUGGCCGGUGUCAUCCUCAUUGCUGUUCUUGUUUGCUGUUUCUGCUGCUGCAAGUGUGAAAGAAUUGGGUAA